UGCAUGCUAGUAGUUCCUGAGCUCGAUACAUAUCGUCCACGUAAUAAGGUGCAAGGAGCAUGGGGAUCGGUGUCGGAGGCGGCGCGUUGGAGGCCGCGAGGCCGGCGGCGGCCAUGGUGGUGGUGGAGUUCAUCUUCUCGGCCCUGCAGAUCUUCAUCAAGCUCGCGCUGGACGACGGCAUGGACGUCCGCGUCCUCGUCGCCUACAGGCUCAUGUUCGGCGCCGCCUUCCUCUGCCCCCUCGCCUUCCUCAUCGAGAGGAAGAAACGGCCACCACUAACCGUCAAGGUCGUCACAGGGUUAUUCUUGUGUGGACUUUUCGGAAUCACCAUUAACCAGAACCUGCUGGUGCUUGCCAUCAAGCUCACGAAUUCCACGACCAUCGUCACAGCUCUCAGCAACCUCACCCCUCAAUCCACCUUCAUCGUCGCAAUCUUGACAAGGAUGGAGACUCUGAAGCUCAGAAAGCCCAGCGGCCAAGCGAAGCUGGGGGGAACCCUGGUCGGGCUGGGCGGCGCGAUGCUGCUCACGUUCUACAAGGGCCCGGAGAUGCUGUUCCUCCGGCGCAUGGCGCACACCGGGCUCAGCCACGCCACCGGCGACCGCCAGCUCCGGCCGCAGCCGGCCGCGGGCCCUCGGAUCCUCGGCUCCUUCCUCGCCAUCACCAGCUGCUUCAGCUACGCGAUCUGGCUCACCAUCCAGGCCAAGGUCGGCCAGGUCUACCCGUGCCACUACUCGAUCGCCGCGCUGGUGUGCCUCUUCGGCGCGGUCCAGUCCACGCUGCUCGCGCUCUGCAUCCACAGGGACCCCGAGCAGUGGAGGCUCGGGCUCAACAUCAGGCUCUACUCGUCGGCGUACGCGGGUAUCGUGGCGUCCGGGUCCGCCUUCCCGCUCAUGUCGUGGUGCCUGCGGAAGAAAGGGCCCCUCUACGUCGCCAUGUUCGGACCUCUCAUCGUCGUCUUCGUCGCGGUCAUGAGCUGCGUCGUCCUUGACGAGGCCCUGCACAUCGGAAUCGUGCUUGGUGCCGUGCUGAUCGUGGCGGGGCUGUACAUGGUGCUGUGGGGCAAGGCCAGAGAGGAAGAUGAACAAGAAGCCGAUGCGCCGAAACUUGUUGGUCAAGACGACGAGCUGGGCAAGGGGCCCCUUCCACAGACUAACAGUGAAGCAUAAUCAGAGGAAAAUAACAUCAUGCGUACACUUUGCCAGUCAAGAUUUUCUUUCUUUCAAAAUGGAGGCAAUAGUUUUGCCUCGUCCACUAAUUAAAAAGAGAGUUGCUCAGUUAAUUAAUAAAAAAACAGGCGAAAACCUUCAUAAAUUUAUCCACUCAAGCGAACUACUCCCGGACAAUGAAUUACAGGAUCAUCCAACAAACACAUCCAAUAUAGAAUCAUCCAUACACUUAGGUCACAACGUCACAAAUGAAACCCCAACGCCCCACUACAACUUUAGAAGAAUCUAACGACAAGGACAACAGCCGCAUCUCAGCUCAUGAUUGCAGUGUAAAGACAACUGUAUCAUGGAAGCACCUGUGUUUUCCCAUUAUCGUCACCCUUUUUGCCAUUGCACUUGCUAAAUUUCUUCUUGGGAUUUUAGAUUUAGGGCGA